GUUUGGAGGGCGGGGGUUGAGACCGAGCCCAGGUCGCCGCCCAAGACUGCAGGCUUUUUGCCUCCGCUGCGGCGGAGCGGGCAGGGCCAGGGGCGGAGUUUUCAGCGCAGCCCGCGGGUCUGGUCUCUGAUUGAGCGCGGCGGCCCUGGGGGCGGGACGGCUCUGCUUUUGACAGCUUGCCCCGGCACAGCCGCGACUGAGUUCGGUGGGUUCGGGAUCCUGUGGCCCCUUUCUCCGCGCGUCCCCGUCCCCCCGUGGCCCUGGCCCUGGCCCCGGCCAUGAAGCGCUUCUUCUCCUGCUCCAGCUCACAGGUGGCGGUGGAGAGAUGGAACCGCCGUGACCAGAAGCUGCUGGAGGCCGUGCAGCGGGGGGACGUGGGGCGCGUGGCCGCCCUGGCCUCCAGGAAGUCUUCCCGACCCACCAAGCUCGACGCCAACGGCCAGUCCCCCUUUCAUCUGGCAGCCUCCAAGGGUCUGACUGAAUGUCUGACUAUCCUGCUUGCAAAUGGGGCCGACAUCAACAGCAAGAAUGAGGACGGAAGCACCGCCCUGCACUUGGCCACCAUCUCCUGCCAGCCACAGUGUGUCAAGGUCCUGCUGCAGCACGGUGCCAAUGAAGACGCUGUGGAUGCAGAAAAUCGUAGUCCGCUGCACUGGGCAGCUUCCUCCGGCUGUGCCUCGAGUGUGCUCCUGCUGUGUGACCAUGAAGCCUUCCUGGAUGUCCUGGAUAAUGAUGGACGCACACCCCUGAUGAUCGCCUCGCUGGGCGGUCACGCAGCUAUCUGCUCACAGUUACUGCAGAGAGGCGCCCGAGUCAAUGUCACAGACAAGGAUGAUAAGUCGGCUCUGAUCCUGGCCUGUGAGAAAGGCAGCGCCGAAGUGGCUGAGCUGCUCCUGAGCCAUGGAGCGGAUGCAGGGGCGGUGGACAGCGCGGGCCAUGAUGCUCUGUAUUACGGCCUGCGCACACAGGACAAGGCACUGUGGAAGCUGCUGCAGCAGGCCCUGAGCUGGCGGCGGGGGGGUCAGGGGCUAGUUCAACACCCAGAUGCUGUGUCUAAGGCCUCUCCAUCUGAACCUCCGGUGGGUUCUCCGCCCAAGAGCCCCCGGGGAGCAGAGCCCGGGGUGGAGCAGGAAAAGGAGCGAGAGGAUGUGUGCUCAGAGGAGUGGAGGUGGAAGUACGAAGAGGAGCAGAAGAAAGUUUCUCAGUUGGAGCAGGAGCUGGUGGGAAAGACAGAAGAGAGCAAGGCUCAGGCUGCAGCCUACCUGGGCCUGGCCAACCAGAUCCGAGAGCAGGUGCAGGAGCUGGGGCGGCUGCUCUUCCGGGAGCCCAGAGCUCCAGGCGGGCCGAGUCCUGGUAUCCGUCCUGGAGGGGAUGGCAUGGAGCAGGGCUGCCCCCUGGACCUGCUGGCUGAGGGCAUACGGGAGCUAAAGAAGCAGCAGCAGGCAGUAGCCGCGGCCGCAGCCAACCCAGUGUUAGCUCCCAAGAAGACCGAAGACUCGUCCCCCCGGGAGAUGUGUUAUGAAGCCCAUGGAAGGUCCCAACCAGAACAGGGGCCACCCCAGGGCCCAGUGUCUGAGAUCCCGGGGGAAGCCACAGGACAGCAACAGACGACUGUCGGUGCGCAGGCCCUUGGCCCUGAGCAAGCAGACCAGCCGCAUGCUGGCCGGAAGGAGAGGCCGAAGGCCCCAGGGGCGGAGAGAGCAGGCACAGCGGCUGAAGCAGCAGGCAUAGCAGCCAUGAACCAGCUACUGCUACAGCUGAGGGAGGAGCUGGCUGCCGUGUGGCGAGAAAAGGAUGCUGCCCUGGGGGCUUUGUCAAGACCCGUCCUGGAGGGCGUUCUGGGGAAGUCCCGGGCGGAGGCCACAGCGGCCGCCUGGGAGAAGAUGGAGGCCAGGCUGGAGCAGGUGCUGCUGAAGCUGGAUCGGGCCAAGGCGGGGCUGCGAGCGACCCCUGCGACCCCUGCCCAGGAGUCCAGAGAAGGAGCCCCAAAGGCAGGCUCAGAAACCAUCCCCGAAGAGGAUGGGGAGAAGGAGACGGGGGCUCCCGGGACCCAGCGGGAGUCUCCAGGGGCCCCGGGCAGGCCGCAGACGCCGGGAGGAGGGCUGGCCAAGGGAAUGCUGGAGAAGGAGGUGUCGGCCCUGAGACUGAGCAACAGCAACUUGCUGGAGGAGUUGGGGGAGCUGGGCCGGGAGCGGCAGCGGCUGCAAGGGGAGCUGCAGUCCCUGAGCCAGCGGCUGCAGCGGGAGUUUGUGCCCCGGCCAGUGGCGCAGGUCCAGCUCCAGCAGCUGCGCCUGGCGGCCCGGGCCACGGAGCAGGAGCGCCAGGCCAGCGAGAUGCGCGGGCGCUCGGAGCAGUUUGAGAAAACGGUGGGGCUGCUGAGAGAGAAGAUGGAGCAUCUUCUGGGGGCUUGCCAGCACAAGGAGGCCAAGAUCAAGGAGUUGUUGAAGAAGGUGGAGCAGCUUUCAGAGGAAGUCCUAGCAGUUCGGGGAGAAAAUGCUCGCCUUGCCUCGCAGCUGCGGGAUUCUCAGAAGAACCAUGAAGAGAUCAUCUCUACCUAUAGAAACCAUCUACUGAGUGCUGCUCAGGGCUACAUGGAACAAGAUGUGUACAAUACCCUGCUGCGAAUCCUCAGCAGGCAGGAGAAGAGGGGCAGCGGCAGCCCUGAGGGGUCCGGGAUUCCUCUCCUGGAAUAAGAGCACCCCUGGUUGCCAGAGGCUCCAUCAGGCUGUAGUGGGUGGGAGGUUGGCCAUUAGGGAUAGUGUGGGUAAGCUUCGCCUGACAUGAGGGAGCCCAGACCUGAGAAUCGGAACCCUGCAAUCAGCAUGGAUGAAACCAGAGGAGGUACGGAUCUGAUCGAAGCCAGCUCUGUAACAAAUAAAGCAGGGGGCAAUACGAUA